CAACCAUCUCGCAGUGCAUCAUGGGUAAGACCAUAUUCUUCUGGCUGCAUGUGUGAGGUGGUGGCUGCACACACGAGUGAAAUACGCACGGAGUGAAGUUGGACGCAUCUGGUCUUACUGUGCAAGUAAAAUGAAACCAGGGUUCAGUCCUCGUGGUGGUGGAGGUGGUUUCCGUGGUGGAAGAGGAGGCUUCGGAGACCGUGGUGGUAGAGGAGGCUUCGGAGACCGAGGUGGUGGUAGAGGAGGCUUCGGAGACCGUGGUAGAGGCGGAUUCCGUGGAGGAAGAGGUGGUGGUGGUGGGUUCAGGUCACCUGGUGGUGAUGGAGGCUUCAGAGGACGUGGAGGUGGCCGAGGGGCCCCUAGAGGCAGAGGAGGAGGACGUGGAGGUGGAGGUUUCAGAGGGGGGAGGAAAGUCUUGGUAGAGCCUCACAGACAUGAAGGUGUGUUUAUUUGCCGUGGCAAAGAAGAUGCCCUGGUUACAAGAAACAUGGUGAUUGGAGACUCUGUGUAUGGUGAAAAAAGGAUAAAUGUUGAAGAGGGAGAAACCAAGAUUGAGUACAGAGCAUGGAAUCCCUUCCGCUCAAAGUUGGCAGCUGCCAUCUUGGGAGGUAUUGACCAGAUCCAUAUCAAGCCUGGCGCAAAAGUUAUGUAUCUGGGAGCUGCAUCAGGAACAACAGUAUCACACGUGUCUGACAUCGUUGGUCCGGACGGUCUGGUAUAUGCAGUGGAGUUCUCUCACAGAUCAGGCAGAGACCUGCUGAAUGUUGCUAAAAAGAGGACCAAUAUUAUUCCCAUCAUUGAGGAUGCCAGGCAUCCCCACAAAUACCGCAUGCUCGUUGGCAUGGUGGAUGUUAUAUUUGCUGAUGUUGCCCAACCUGACCAGACGAGAAUUGUGGCUCUCAAUGCACACAACUUCCUUAAAAAUGGUGGCCAUUUUGUUAUUUCAAUUAAGGCAAACUGCAUUGAUUCAACGGCUGCACCAGAAGCUGUGUUUGCAGCAGAAGUGAAGAAAAUGAGCGCAGAGAACAUGAAACCCCAAGAACAGUUAACACUGGAACCUUAUGAGCGAGAUCAUGCGGUGGUGGUUGGUAUUUACAGAGCACCCCCCAAGCAGAAGAAAUGAUUUAUUUGAUCACCUUCACAUUUUAUUUUAUGGACCCCUUUCUCUAACUGCUGUUGUAACAGCUUUGCCCACAAGAGGCCGCAAGGACACAGUAUGCAAGGAUCCUAAUUAAAUUUGGGUACUAAACCAUCCAGCCCCAGCGCUGCCCUGGUCUGCUGAAAAGUAUCUCCACCUCCAGCUACAUUUUUGUACAUCUGUAAAACUAUGCUCUGUCGUCUGUGAUUGUGGAUGACCGAAAUGAAAUAACGUUAAAAUAUAGGCCGAUGUGCUUUGAUUGCCUGUGCAACUUUUUUUUUCGGUAUAAAACUGCUAUAGGCUCAUUCUAUGUUAGAAGAAAAAGAGGAAUCACAGUCCUUUAUAUUUUAAGUUUUUGACUGUACUAUUGCGUGUGAACAUUUGUCUGAUUUCCAGUGUAGUCAUUUUCUUAUUAAAAUGUCAGAAUGUA